GCAGCAGACCAAACAAGAACAACAUCAACAUCUACGGGUUUGGAAAGACUUCAUCCCCUGACUCACCGUACGCCUUCUAAAAGACCUGACAGGGCUGGCAAGGUCUAGGCAUCCUUCUUUUUCAAACGUAAAUUAUUGCCCACGGUCAACUCUCCGUUUGUCAAGGUAUUCCAGUGCGUUCAUAUGACAUCCAAGGUAUCAAGAGAUCGGGCCCACUCAGCCUACCUUUGGGUCCAACCUCAGCAUAUACGACAGUGAGGCUACGUGUGCCUGACACUUUUUUGAUCGGACUACGGGAGGAUAAGAGUGAGCCAACACGCACGCAGAUUCAAAAGCGAAGAGGAACGUCACAACCAACUGUUAGCCAAUUCGUCCUUAGGUUCCUCCAUCCAGUGCACCGUGUGACCUGGUAGUGCGCCUCAAAAUCACCAUGCUUAGACACGCUUCAUCCCUUAUGGUGAGCCUGUUGCUCGGUAUUGUUGCUGUCCAUGCCAAUUGGAAACUUCGUCAGGGUAGUCACAUUAAGGCGACUCCGCCCUUGGAGGGCAUUAAUGUAGAUUAUUUUGCCAAUCAGCUCCAAAAUGAAAACGAUUUCAUGAAGCACUUGAAUACCAUCCUCAUCCCUCGCGUACCUGACACACCCGGGAGCACCAUCGUGCGUGAGCACAUUUCUAAUACUCUCAAGGAACUUGGGUGGGAUGUCGAGAUCCUGCAACACACGCAGCAAACUCCCGUCGGCCAGAAGACUUUCCGCAAUGUGGUGGCCACUUUCGACUCGAAUGCGCCUCGUCGAUUGGUCUUGGCUUGUCAUUAUGACACGCUCGUGAAACCUCAAAAUUUCCUCGGUCUCACGGACUCUGCGGUGCCGUGUGCACAAAUGUUAAAUUUAGCCGUCACUCUGAAGAGGGAUCUCCAGGAUGAUAAGAACGGGCCUUGUUUUGAAUCCAAACGUUGGCAACAUGAGCUGACCCUGCAAUUGAUAUUUUUCGAUGGGGAGGAGGCCUUUAAUCGUUGGUCUAGUACGGACAGUACUUACGGAUCGCGACGAUUAGCUCAAGAUUGGGACCGAAAGAUUUUUUCGCACGAGGGAGUGGACGCUCGCACUCUCGAGAGGAUUGACCUCUUUGUCUUGCUUGACUUGAUUGGCACGAGCGAUGUGCAGUUUGUUUCACUCAAACGGAACACCCAGAAAUGGUAUAACCGAUUUGUGAGGAUUGAAAAACAACUGAAGAAUGGCAAAGCUCUAGUUCAAUACAAUCGACCAAUCUUCAAAGACCAGUCCAGCUUUUUCGCUUCUGUCGAGGAUGACCAUGUUCCAUUUGAGAAACGAGGUGUUCCUAUUCUCCAUUUGAUCUCGGUUCCAUUCCCGAGCGUAUGGCAUAAGAGCUCGGAUAACUUUCAAGCUUUUGAUCCCGCGACCACUUCCAACAUCAACAAGAUCCUCCGAGUCUUUGUGGCCGAGUACCUCCAAUUAGGACAAUGAAGGCACGGGGAAGAUCACCCAAAAUAUCGACAUUUCGAACUCUAGAUGACAAUUGACAAUCCCAUCCGUGUAGUAUCUUAGUGCAUCUUUUAUCGAUUGUCACAAGGCUAUCACCCUUAAGCGGUUUUUGACAGAUCAAGUCUAAGUAACAAAACACAAUGGCUGACGAUUCAAUAGAGGGGACGAUAUUACUUUGCCCGAAAUAACUACUUCAAAUGGUCAUCAUGAUAUUCGAUGUUAACUUUGCAUGAAGCUCAAUGUUGUUGGUAGAAAUCCUUCUCACUUGAAUUCUCAAUAUCCUGUAACAACAUGACUGUCUGGAGAGUACUUCUUCGACCAAAGGGUUCACGUUUUUUCCACAACUUGAUCUGCAGGCCCAUAUUUUCCGUGAUCUUCCGAGGAAUUGGAGUAUCACAUUGUUAUCGAAUCAAUGUAAUUUUUAAAACAAACCUUCACCGCCAACCACUUCCCAUCCUCCCCCUUGGAACGAUGAACAAUGAUAUUUUGUUAUAUGAAUUUCUGUAGCUGGUGUGUCAGUUUGAUGUACCCAUAUGAAUUGAUACUUGAAAUAUGUACGCACUGAUAUUGCACCAUUAAAAUUCACGAUGAAACUGAA